GGUUUGGAUGUGGUCUUGGGGGAACUUGAGGGAAUUUUGAUUCCACGGUGGAAGGAUGCCUUUGAAGUGGCGGUACGUUGGGCAAAACGGAACCUGCCCCGGAUCACAGCAGAUGUUAUAGAUCACGCAGAGGCCCUUAUCACAGAGAGAGCUGAGGCCCUUUUGACUGAGAGAACAGAGGUUAGAGAGGAAGUACCCCAACCUACUGUUCAAAAGAACAUAACGUUGCAGUCAUUCAGGGGAACUAAAGAUAAAAGUCACGGGCUAAACAUCCAACCACCGGCCAAACAAUCAGUGGCCACGAUGACCGAACAGGUCCAACAGACAGACUCUGAAUGGGCAAGUUCGCCCAAAGAACAGAGACAGGCCCACAGAGGGAGAAAAGGGGUGGUGUUGCCUGAGGACGAAGUUUUUGUAGAGGAGGUUGAGGAGGUUGAAGAACAGCCUAGAGUCAUACAUGACCAGAUUUUGACAAACUCACAGCUAGCCGCAUUGUUUGAUGAGCUGGACGCAGAAGAGGAACGGGAGAGGUUGGAGGCAAGAGCAGCUAGGGAACCCCCUAAAGAUUCAGAGCAACAAACCUCAACCCCAAACCAAACAGAGGUUCAGGUUCAGGUUUUGAGAGACGCAAUUCCUGAGCCAGAUGAGGUUGAGGCUUUGGGAUCGGAAGAUCCAGGUCCAGAUGUGGACGAUGGGGAGGUCUUUCAAGACUCAUCGGACACAUUUUUGGGUCCAGAACCAGAGCGUUUUAAGGUGAACUGUCACAGUAAUACCCAAAAAAAACUAACUGUAUGGGAUUUGGUCGUGGAGAAAAAGUAUCUGAUCAUUGGGGACUCUAACUUGGAAAGCAUACCACCUUAUUUUAACCAAAAUCUGCAGAUUGACAGUUUUCCAGAAGGCCAUUUUCGCCAUGCACAGGUCCUUAUGGACAAAAGAGUACCUCAACAAGAUGAUGUGGUGGUUGAAAAAGUAGUUCUGUCAUUUGGAAUCAAUGGUAGACAAAACAAAAGUGAUACAACAGUUAAAAGUGUGCAAGGAGCUAUCCGAUCUACCAAGAGGAGGUUUCCUUAUGCACAAGUGUGGGUCCCUUUGAUCAACUUUUCAUCAGCCCUCCCCAGUGAUGAAAAGGAAAACUUACAGAGUCUUAAUGCCCAUAUUAAAAAGAAUAUGGGUUUUAUUCCCCCGUUGCCAGAAGAAAAGUUUGAAACAACGGUGGACGAUGUUCAUUGGACAUCAGAGACUGGGGCAGCCAUGUUUGACCACUGGACGGCCUUUUUAAACUUAAGCGCCCCUUAA